CCUGCUGAGUAAAUCUACCUCCGACCUUCGGCUGACCGUAGCGACAUUGGCACCCGGCUCUUCUAAUUUUUCCACUUUAAUUGCGGUAUCUGUAUUCAUUCAGCUAAAGAUCACAAUGGCUGAACCACUCCGUGUUGUAGUAACUGGUGCUGCUGGUCAAAUUGCCUAUGCAUUGUUGUUCAACAUUGCCAAAGGGGAUGUCUUUGGUGACCAGCGCAUGACACUUGUCCUUGUAGACAUUCCACCAAUGAUGGGAGUUGUUGAAGGUGUGGUCUUGGAACUCCAGGACUGUGCUCUGCCGCUUGUCGCAGAUGUGGUCGCCACAGCCAAUCCUGAUGAGGCUUUCAAGGAUGCUGAUGUCGCAUUCAUGGUUGGUGCCAUGCCCAGGAAGGAAGGCAUGGAGAGGAAGGACCUGCUCAAAGCUAAUGCUAACAUCUUCCAAACCCAGGGAAAGUCUAUUGACGCUCAUGCAAAGAAAACUAUCAAGGUCCUUGUGGUUGGAAACCCAGCCAAUACAAAUGCUCUCAUCACUCAAGUGAAUGCUCCAUCCAUUCCAAAAGAGAACUUCAGUGCUCUCACAAGGCUGGACCAGAACAGAGCUCAGGCUCAGAUUGCUGCACGUGUUGGUGUUGCCUGCAAUGCUGUUAAGAAUGUUACAAUCUGGGGCAACCAUUCCUCUACCCAAUACCCAGAUGUCAACCAUGGGACAGUCACAUUGGCUGAUGCAUCGUGUAAACCGGUUCCAGCUGCUGUCCAGGAUGAUGCCUGGCUAAAGGGAGAUUUUAUCAAGACAGUACAGACACGUGGUGCAGCGAUCAUCAAAGCCCGUAAAUUAUCCAGUGCCAUGUCUGCAGCCAAGGCCAUCUGUGAUCACAUGAGAGAUUGGUGGGCUGGAACCAAGGAGGGUGAAUGGGUAUCCAUGGGAGUCAUUUCUGAUGGCAAUGGUUAUGGUGUUCCAGCUGGCCUCAUCUACAGCUUCCCAGUCAAAACAUCUGGUGGCACCUGGAAGAUUGUUGAGGGGCUCUCAAUUGAUGACUUCUCGCGAAAAAAGAUGGACAAUACUGCAGCCGAGUUGUUGGAAGAGAGGAUGGAAGCUCUAGGCAAUUGACGUGUUACUAGCAACCUGUAAAGACACACCCUAGACCCAGAUACCUUGUCAGUUCGGCCAUUCUCUUUUAUUGCUUGUUUGGUAGAAUUGUUGAUAUGGAUUUAGUUAUUUUGUAAUCGAUCAACGUUUGGAAAAAUUCUUCCACUCAAAUUAAUAUAAACAAGUGAUCAGUGAUAAAGGAGAAUGACCUUUGCUGCUAGGUAUUAUCGCUUCAUUCGGUAAUAGGCCUUAUCCUGUCAGUUUUAGAGUUAUUGCUGGAAAUAUUGGCAUUGCCAUUAAACACCUAAAGGAAUAGAACUAUUUGACUCCAGAUCUGUUGGGGAAAUAAAAAUACGUACUAUGGUGCAGUAACUUGGUGUCCGAGGAAGCUAGCUUUCCACAGAAAAUCGAGAAUUUGAUGUAAUUUGAAUACUCUGUUAUCAUUUUGGAAUGGGGCAGUCUCGCACUCUUCAAAUAAUCGGAUUUAUUUCUUGCAUGAUAUUUAAGUGUAAACUAGGGCACAUCUAGUCGCCUUCUGUAUCUACAAUAUCUAUUCGGCUGUUGCAUAAUAUUGUUAUCCUCCAGGGGUGGUGUUCUAUGUCUUGUCAAUUUAUUUUCAAGAAACAAGAAAUAUUUCACCAUUGUCUGCUGGCCCUACCCCAUUUGUAUUCUGGAACAUUUUCUUGUUUUGAAAUCCUAUUGUUUACCCUAACGAGGAAUUUUGUAGUAAAAAUCUUGUCAUGGAAACGAAUGAAAUCGAUAAUGAAAUGCAAAUUGUAUCAGUUUAAGAGAGAAAGAGAGAGAGAGAGAUCUUUUGUGGUGUCGCUGCUUUUGUCAACUGUUAUAAUCUCUUCAAAUUUAUCCUGAUUUUCCUUUGUUGGGGAUGCUUUGGGUCCAACAGGUUGCUUGGUAUGUUUCUUUGAAGAAGGAAAAUACCAAUAAUGGACAUUUCUACUUCAUCUUCGUGUAGUGUCUCAGUGAUUGAGAGACAAAUUAUAAUCUCGUGUUCGACACCAGAAACCAAUAUCUCUGUUCCUCAAUACAUGGAGCAGUUCUGUUUGCCAUAAAAUGAUCAUGACAUGUAUAUCCAUCAAAACAUUUUACAUGUACGUGUAUACAGCUGAUUUGAUGUCAAGUAUCAUGAUUUCAGAAGCAUGCAAGCUUAUUAAAUAGAGCAGACAGGCUUUCAACUUCAAGUUGGAUUUAUAUAGCAACAUCUUGAGUUAUCCAGUCUCGGGUCAAAUUAACCAAGUCUCGCUCCCUCCCUGAGAGAGCAGCCCCAAAGGUUGCGCACCUCUCGUCCUUGCCCAACGGACUUGCGUGCAAUUAUCUUGCAUGUAACUGAAAAGGAUCUUGGUCUUUGUAACAUUGUAUAGUGUGAUUUCAAUGAGACACCGUGAUCUUUUGACUGUAAAGUUUGAACACGAACAAAUUCCACUUGCCUGAUGCCAGUGUCUAUGGUGUAGUUUUCUGUCAUAAUGUGCUAAUAUAAGAAUAAACUUAAUACAAAAGGUGUAGAUUAUAA